AUGCGUGAGAUUGUGCACAUUCAGAUCGGCCAGUGUGGCAACCAGAUCGGAUCCAAGUUCUGGGAGGUGAUUGGUGAGGAGCAUGGCAUCGACCCGGUGGGGAGCUACGGCGGGGACUGCGCCCUGCAGCUGGAGAGGAUCAGUGUGUAUUACAACGAGGCCCACGGUAAGAAAUAUGUGCCCCGAGCCGUCUUGGUGGACCUAGAACCUGGGACGAUGGAUAGCAUCCGGUCUAGCAAAUUGGGAAGCCUCUUUCAACCAGACAGCUUUGUCCACGGUAACUCGGGGGCUGGCAACAACUGGGCCAAGGGCCACUACACGGAGGGAGCGGAGCUGCUGGACAGCGUCCUGGACGUGGUGCGGGGCGAGAGCGAGGCCUGCGACUGCCUGCAGGGCUUCCAGAUCGUGCACUCGCUGGGCGGGGGCACCGGCUCAGGCAUGGGCACGCUGCUCAUGAACAAGAUCCGGGAGGAGUACCCCGACCGCAUCCUCAACUCCUUCAGCGUCAUGCCCUCGCCCAAGGUGUCGGACACGGUGGUGGAGCCCUACAACGCCGUGCUGUCCAUCCACCAGCUGAUCGAGAACGCCGACGCCUGCUUCUGCAUCGACAACGAGGCUCUCUACGACAUCUGCUUCCGCACCCUGAAGCUGACCACGCCCACCUACGGCGACCUCAACCACCUGGUGUCCCUGACCAUGAGCGGCAUCACCACCUCCCUCUGCUUCCCGGGCCAGCUCAACGCCGACCUGCGCAAGCUGGCCGUGAACAUGGUGCCCUUCCCGCGCCUGCACUUCUUCAUUCCCGGCUUCGCCCCGCUCACGGCCCAGGGCAGCCAGCAGUACCGCGCCCUCUCGGUGGCCGAGCUCACCCAGCAGAUGUUCGAUGCCCGCAACACCAUGGCCGCCUGCGACCCCCGGCACGGCCGCUACCUGACGGUGGCCUGCAUCUUCCGGGGGAAGAUGUCCACCAGGGAGGUGGACGAGCAGAUGCUCGGCGUGCAGACCCGGAGCAGCAGCUGCUUCGUGGACUGGAUCCCCAACAACGUCAAGGUGGCCGUCUGCGACAUCCCGCCCCCAGGGCUGAGCAUGGCCGCCACCUUCAUCGGCAACAGCACGGCCAUCCAGGAGCUGUUCACCAGGGUGUCGGAGCACUUCGCGGCCAUGUUCAGGAGGAAGGCCUUCGUGCACUGGUACACCGGCGAGGGCAUGGACAUCAGCGAGUUCGCGGAGGCCGAGAGCAACCUCCACGACCUGGUGUCCGAGUACCAGCAGAUCCAAGACGCCAAAGCCGGCCUGGAGGAAGACGAGGAGGUGGUGGGGGAGGCAGAAACCGAGGCAGAGGAUAGGGAGGGCUGA